UCAGAAUACGCCAUGGAAGACGGCAGUUAGUGAAAACAGAGGAGGCGAGGUCUACAUCUGACAGGCUACCCGAGCAGCUGUAACUGUAGACAUGUGUGGAAUCUUUGCCUAUCUCAACUACCAUGUGCCAAGGACUCGCCGUGAGAUCCUUGAGAUCCUCCUCAAAGGUCUGCACCGUCUGGAGUACAGAGGCUACGACUCAGCUGGUGUGGGAAUAGAUGGUGGCAAUGGCAAGGACUGGGAGUCGAAUGCAAAGUCCAUUCAACUGAUCAAGCAACGUGGAAAAGUGAAGGUUCUUGAUGAGGAGAUCAACAAGCAGCAAGAUAUGGACAUGGAUGUGGAGUUUGAUGUUCAUCUCGGCAUCGCUCACACCCGCUGGGCUACCCACGGUGCACCAAGCCCAGUCAACAGCCAUCCACAUCGCUCUGACAAGAGCAAUGAGUUCAUUGUCAUUCACAAUGGAAUUAUCACCAACUACAAAGACCUGAGGAAAUUCUUGGAGAGCAAAGGCUACGACUUUGAAUCAGAGACCGACACAGAGACCAUCGCCAAGCUGGUGAAGUACAUGUUUGACAACCGGGAGAACAAUGACAUCAGUUUCGCUACGCUGGUGGAACAGGUGACUCAGCUGCUGGAGGGAUCGUUUGCCCUGGUCUUCAAAAGUGUCCACUACCCUGGAGAGGCGGUUGGCACAAGGAGGGGAAGUCCCCUGCUGAUGGGAGUGCGGAGUGAUCACAAGCUGUCCUCGGAUCAUAUUCCUGUGCUCUACCGCUCCACCAGUAAAGACAAGAAGGGCUGCAGCGCCCUACCCAGGAUGGACCAGGACACCUGCUUGUUCCCUGUGGAUGAGAAAGCUGUGGAGUACUACUUUGCCUCUGAUGCAAGUGCGGUGAUUGAGCACACAAACAGGGUGAUCUUCCUGGAGGACGAUGAUGUGGCUGCCGUGGUGGAAGGCCGGCUGUCCAUCCACAGGAUAAAGCGCACGGCAGGAGACUAUCCAGCUCGCGUCAUCCAAACCCUGCAGAUGGAGCUGCAGCAGAUCAUGAAGGGCAACUUCAGCUCCUUCAUGCAGAAGGAGAUCUUUGAGCAGCCGGAGUCUGUGGUCAAUACAAUGAGGGGGAGAAUCAACUUCGACGACAACAUAGUGAUACUAGGUGGACUGAAGGACCACAUCAAAGAGAUCCAGAGGUGUCGGCGACUCAUCCUUAUUGCCUGUGGAACCAGCUACCAUGCAGGAGUAGCGACCCGCCAGGUGCUGGAGGAGCUGACCGAGCUGCCUGUCAUGGUGGAGCUGUCCAGUGACUUCCUGGACAGGAACACUCCCGUCUUCAGAGACGACGUCUGCUUCUUCAUUAGCCAAUCAGGGGAGACGGCUGACAGCCUCAUGGCGCUGCGCUACUGUAAGGAGAGAGGAGCUCUGACUGUGGGCAUCACCAACACAGUGGGAAGCUCCAUCUCCAGGGAGACCGACUGCGGAGUCCACAUCAAUGCCGGGCCUGAGAUCGGAGUAGCCAGCACCAAGGCCUACACCAGCCAGUUUGUGGCCCUCAUCAUGUUUGCACUGUUGAUGUGCGAUGACAGGAUUUCCGUACAGCCCAGACGCAGAGAGAUAAUCCAGGGCCUGAGGGUGCUUCCAGAUCUGAUUAAGGAGGUCCUCAGUUUGGAUGAUGAGAUCCAGAGUUUGGCAACGGAGCUGUACGAACAGAAGAGUGUCCUGAUCAUGGGCAGAGGUUACCAUUAUGCUACCUGCCUGGAAGGAGCACUGAAAAUCAAGGAAAUCACAUACAUGCAUUCAGAAGGCAUCCUGGCUGGAGAGCUGAAACAUGGUCCCCUGGCUCUGGUGGAUAAACUCAUGCCAGUCAUCAUGAUCAUCAUGAGAGACAACACCUACAUCAAAUGUCAGAACGCCCUGCAGCAAAUUGUUGCCCGCCAGGGCCGCCCCAUCGUGAUCUGUGACAAAGACGAUUACGAGACCGCUAAGAACUCCAGCCGCACCAUCAAAGUGCCUCACUGUGUGGACUGCCUGCAGGGCGUCCUGAGUGUCAUCCCGCUGCAGCUGCUUUCCUUCCACCUGGCUGUCCUCCGAGGUUACGACGUGGACUGUCCAAGAAACCUGGCCAAGUCUGUGACCGUAGAGUGAAUCGCACCGAUCAUCGCAUAACAACAAAAGCCUGGCGGACGCACAUUCAAACGAGGCGAGGGAGCGUCUGUCUGCAGAAACUAAGAGAAACCAAUGUCCCGUUCAUGUAUCAUGGCUCUUUGUAAUGCAAUCUUUUACUCAACAGUUGUGUACCUCACUGUUGCAUUGUGUCUGUAUCUCACUUUCUAUUUUUCCCAGAAACCUUUGGCAUCAUUGUCGUAUUAUUGUUAGAGAAGCAGUUUUGUCUGUGGUGGCGAGGUCUGGGCUGGCAGUGACUUAUCCUCAUCAAGCUCUGGGUUUGUGAAGCUAACAACUGACACUGGGAGCAUCUUGGAGCUGCUGUUGAAUGACAGAAGUUGUGUUUUAAAGACCGUACUGACUCUUUUUUUUUUUUCCUUUAGUGCAAUGAUUUGUAGUUUAGUUUGGAUAUUUUUUCUUUGGCAGCUAAUCAUCUGAAGUGUCUUUACUCGACAUUUGAAGUAAACAACCGUCUUAAAUCAUUCCAAGUCACAGGUCAUCGCUUCUCAAUUGUAGCACAGUUUGCCAGUGUUGACUCAGUUUCUCUCUUUGACUUUCUUCUGAGGACACAGCUUGUUACUGUACACUGCUGUCUAAGGUCUUUGUGUGUAGGCUAUAGAAGCUUGUUCUGGUCUAUAAACCUCGUGUUUUGUAUUUUAAACUUGGCUCAGUUAAUGAGAAUCGGCCUUGUUUACUAAGCAACAUACACCAGGGUGUGAGAUUGUUUUGUUACAUACACUAUUUCUGCUUUGACAAUUCUCUGUACAUUAUACUGGAACUUAACUAUCUGUGCACAAUUUAGUUCUGACCUUACUGCUGACCUUAUUGCUAAUCGCAGGUUUACGUUUAAACUAUAAACUGAAAUAAUUCAAGUGAGAUGAAGUUACUAACCUGAAGUAAAAGUUGCACCCAGUUCCCAACCCACACCUUGCCAGCACAACUACUGCAAUAUUGGGACCAUUUGUAGCUAUUCUUUCUUUUGUUACAUUUAACUCUUUUCUUUUUAUUAUAGUGAAGGUACUCUUUGAUUUGAAAUGUGAAUGUUACUGUCAUUUGAAAUAUACUGUCAAACCAAAAAUCUCUACAAUGACUUUGGCAGUUGUAAACCAAAACAUAUAUAUUUAUAUGUUCAUCCUAUAUUGUAGGCAAACGUGUACUGAUGCUGGUAGCUUGUGUCGUAUGAAGGCCUAAAAGGGGCAUAUACACAGUUGUAUGGCACUAAGUCUAUUAUACUACUAUUGUUAUACUGAAGAUGUUUAUUUAGAUAGAAAGUCAGAUGCCAGCUGUGUGUGCGUGUGUAAUCCAAAUGUCUGUUUCAAACGCCCAAGAAAUGUUGUACACAUGCAUUUGUGUAGUGAAGAAAUGGGACCCGCUUGUAUUCUUCUCUUUACUUCAGGUUUUGAAAUAUUGAUUUUGCUUUUGCAAUCAAGCCUGAACUUGAACUUUUGCACCCCUCCUCCCGAGCCGGUGAACGGGUUUGAAAACUAAACAAUGUUACAGGUACUUUUGUAGCCCACAUACAUGCUUUAAGCAGAUUUCGAUUUUUUUUUUUUGAUUGGAGGCAUAAACAAAGGACGCUGCACUGAAUCCUAGCAACCUCUGUUGAGUUACUGUUGAGUGGGGCACUGUACAGUGUAUUAGUGGAGCUGAUGCAAUAAAGUGUCAUAUAACUUCU